CAGAAAUUAAACCUCCAAGUGGCUGAGUGGAUGCAUCGUGUUUCUAGUGUGUGUACAUGUGAAUGGGUGCCCAGGAGUAAGGCACUAUGCAGUUGACCAGCAGUUAUCUGCUGCAGGUGGAACAGAGCGAUGCCAUCUACCUACCGGGACCCGAGCCCACGGGCUCCUCCAGUGCCCCAGAGUGCACGUGCCACACACUCCACCGGCCAGUCAUAUCAGGAGCUGAAGCUUGGAUGUCAGCAGACAGGGACACUCUUUGAGGACUGUGACUUCCCAGCCAAUGACUCUUCACUUUUCUUCAGUGAGAAGCCUCCCAUCCCCUUUGUGUGGAAAAGGCCUGGGGAAAUCGUUAACGACCCACAGUUUAUUCUUGGAGGCGCCACAAGAACUGACAUUUGUCAAGGGGAUCUUGGUGACUGUUGGCUUUUAGCAGCUAUUGCAUCUCUCACCCUUAAUGAAAACACAUUAGCCAGAGUUGUGCCGCAAGAUCAGAAUUUUGGCCCAGGUUAUGCUGGAAUAUUUCAUUUUCAGUUUUGGCAGCACAAUGAAUGGCUGGAUAUUGUUAUUGACGACCGAUUGCCCACCUUCAAAGACCGUUUGGUUUUUCUGCACUCAGCUGACCACAAUGAAUUCUGGAGCGCAUUAUUAGAAAAAGCCUAUGCCAAAUUGAAUGGAAGUUAUGAAGCUCUGAAGGGAGGAAGUACAAUAGAAGCCAUGGAAGAUUUUACAGGAGGAGUUGGAGAAAUGUUUGAAGUUAAAAAGGCUCCUGAAAACUUCUAUGAAAUCUUAGAAAAAGCUCUUAAAAGAGGUUCCAUGGUGGGCUGUUCUAUUGAUAUCAGCAGCGCAGCAGAGACAGAAGCACGUACCCCUUAUGGCCUUAUAAAGGGUCAUGCAUAUUCAGUAACUAGUAUUGAUGAGGUCAGCUACCAAGGCCGGAAGGUGAAGCUCAUUCGAGUUAGAAAUCCAUGGGGUCAAGUGGAAUGGAAUGGUGCUUGGAGUGACAAUUCUCCUGAAUGGCGUUCCAUCAGCCCAUCUGAGAAAAAGCGUCUGUAUCAGACAGCACUAGAUGAUGGAGAAUUUUGGAUGAGGUUUGAGGAUUUCCUAUCCCAUUUUGACAAAGUUGAGAUCUGCAACCUCACGCCUGAUGCACUUGAAGAUGCUGCUGCACAUAAAUGGGAGGUGACAGUCCACCAAGGCAGCUGGGUCAGAGGCGCCACUGCAGGCGGGUGCAGAAACUUCAUAGAAACAUUUUGGACAAAUCCACAGAUCAAGCUCCAAUUGACUGAAAAGGAUGAUGGUCAAAAUGAAUGCACAUUUAUAGCAGCUCUGAUGCAAAAAGACCGCCGUAAACUCAAGAAACUGGGAGCUGAAAUGCUAACAAUAGGAUAUGCCAUCUAUGAGAGCCCCAGUAAAGAUGAGCACUUGACAAAGGACUUUUUCCGCUACCAUACCUCCAAGGCCAGAAGCAAAACUUACAUAAAUUUACGGGAAGUCUCUGAUCGAUUCAAGCUACCACCCGGGGAUUACAUUGUCGUCCCUACAACAUUUGAGCCACACCAGGAAGCUGAUUUCUGCCUGAGAAUUUUUUCUGAGAAGAAAGCUGUCACUAAGGAUAUGGAUGGAAAUGUCAGCAUUGAUUUGCCAGAGCUUCCUGAACCAGCCCCACCUGAACAAGAAACUGAAGAAGAGAAACAAUUCCGGGCAUUGUUCAAGCAGAUUGCAGGACAGGACAUGGAGAUCUCUGCAGAAGAACUUGAAUAUGUUCUGAAUGCCGUAUUAAAAAAAACAAAGAACAUCAAAUUCAAGGAAAUAAGUCUCCUUUCAUGCAGAAACAUUAUUUCCCUAAUGGAUAGUAGUGGCAAUGGAAAACUGGAAUUCAGUGAGUUCAAAAUUUUCUGGGACAAACUGAAGAAGUGGAUAAGUGUCUUCCUCCAUUUUGAUUCCGACCAGUCUGGCACCAUGUCUUCCUAUGAACUUCGUCUUGCUUUAAAAGCAGCAGGGUUUCAGCUCAAUAAUUACUUGCUUCAGCUGAUCGUUCUUAGAUACUCCGAUGACCAAUACCAGAUUGAAUUUGAUGACUUCUUAAACUGCCUCGUCCGCCUAGAAAAUGCAAGCCGAGUAUUCCAAGCAUUAUGUGUGAAAAGCAAAGAUGCCAUGAACCUGAAUAUAAGUGAGUUUAUCAACUUGACCAUGAACAUCUAAAGACAUCCAGCAUUCUUCAGCCAGCCCUCAAGUUGCCUCUCAGAUCAAUUUCCAAUGUUUGGAGCUCUUACCAUGUCUUUGAAAACCGGAGACCCUUUCUUCCUUUUCUAAUAUUCAUCCUGAUUAUAUAAAGAAUGUGUUUUCAAAAACCUAAUAUUGAUAAGUAUUUAACUUGUGUGUAUAUAUUCUACACAGUAAGCAUGAAUAUGUAAUGCGUCCCAAUGAAUUGCAAUCCCUCAUUCACAUUACUUGAAAUGAGCAACCCUAAGCAAUCGCUGCCUUUUUAUGUAAUGUAAUUAUUUCCGUUCCUAGUAAACUGCCACACAGAUAAACAUCUCC